UGCGAAUGCUGUUGCUGUCUUUGAAUGUUGCUGAUAAUUGUGCUGUUGCCAGUUUGUUGCUUAGCGUCCCAAAACGCAUUUCCUGCAAUUUCAGUUUUGAUUUGCGUACGGCGCGGUUAAGACGAACUUUUCUUACUCCCAGCACUAAUAGAGCGUUAUUCGUUUUUGUAGUUUUUGUAAGUAAACAGAUAGUAGUAGUAAGAGCAUACAUACUUCACUUUAAGCUCCGGGAUACGAGUGUGCCAACGAACGAACAGCAUUUUAGUGCUAGCGUGCGGCGAAUGUGACACAUGUGGAAGUGACGUAUUUAGCAUAAUCACACGCAUACACAGAAUCACGCAACAUUCAAAUAAGUGUGAAGUGUUUAUAUUCUUAUUGUUGUUAUUGCGAAUGAUCAGUUGAUUGAUUGGUGCCUUUUGUAGGGCGUUUCUUGUCGCUUGUUAAAUGAAGAUGAAGAAUAAAAAAUCUGUAAAAGAUUGGUAAAACAAGUAAAGCAGAGAUUAAUCGACACGCGGGAAGUUGUCGCGCCAGUCGAGUAUGUAAUUGUUGCCACAAAAAAGGGAAGCUUUGUGUACGAAUUGAGUGAGCAGAAAAUCUAUUUAAAUGAACCUUUUUUAGUGUGUAUGUAAAAAAGGAUUCUUUUAGCAAUCAAAGACUAAUAAACCAAAGCAAAACAGAAUAUGCGUGUACUAAUUUAAAGAAAGUAAUUAAUUUACUUACUAAUCACAUUUCGAAAAAUUAUAAACAAGUUAAAUAGCGAAAAUCGUUUUUAAGAGACUUACUAGAGAGUUAAUAUUGCAAUCAAAUAUUAUAUUUAUUCUGCAUUUAAAAAUUUGUUAACAUUAAAAAAAAACAUGUAUUAAUUGUCAAAAUUUGUGAAUGAAAAUCGAGUUAAUUGUUUGGUAGCUAUAUAUACAUACAUAUAUAAUAUCUUCGAAGUUCAUUCAGAAACCUCGCUCAUGUGCUCCCUUCAAUGCGUCAAAUGAAUUGAAUGAAAUAAAAAGUGAACUUUAUGGACACAAUCAAGUCGGCUGGUUGACGGACGGCUGCUAAUAGAAUUUUAAACUAUAAUUGAUUGAAUUGGAAAUUUUUUUUUUUUAAAUAUUCCCAUGUGUCUAAUAUUACACUACACUACGUGCUAUUUAAACAAUUUUUCGACGACCGAGUGAAAUUUGUUUAAGUAAUCAAAAUGUGGUUUUGCUGUAAUGAGCGGAUUGUUGGAAUGGAGCCAAUGCGGUUUCAAAGGUUAUGUUUUCUUUCGAUAUUGAUGAUCAGCUUGGUUGUGGCAGAUAUCUCAACUGUGGAGCGAAUACGAAAACACCAAGAAUGGCUUAAACAACGAAAUCAACAGAGAAUUAAUCGUUUUGCAAUUGCUGAGAAUUAUUCAAAAUCCAAUCAUGAAGUGGCCAAUCUGUGGCGCUUUCCUAAACAAAGUGCGGUGCCCGACCAAGAAUCUAGUGCGAAUGAGGUUUAUCCAGAGAGUGAAAUUCUUACUAAGACUGAACAGGAAAAACAAAUACAACAAGAACAUAAGGAAUCAUCAACAACAGCAGCCGCUAUGGCUGCUUCAGCGCUUGUGACAACAGCAAAUGUAUUGGAAACAACGCCAGCAGCAACUACAGCGCGCAUGGAAGACCAAACGAUAUUGUCUGUCACGCCCACUACAACGGCAGUCACCAACACAAUGUCAUCCGCGGUACAGCAAACAACAACCGAGGCACCAAAAGUGACGACGACUGACAAAACUCCAAUGGUCCCCACUGCAACAGCUCAGAGUGCGGCUGUACCUGAAGUGCCUGUUAUAAAUAAUGGAAUUGUGGCAGCGGCACCUAAAUUCAGUGCGACCAAACCAAUAAAUGAGGCUGGGAUAACAAUUAAAACAACAACUGAAUCACCCAACAGCAGCAACCCGAGCAACAGGUUGCUUGUUGACAAAGUUUCCGAGCAGGCGACAAGCGAAAAUUCAGUUAUACCAAGUACAAAGCGACCACAUUCCACAACUCGCCAGCGUGCUUAUCCGCGUUGGGGUAAUUGGAGCAAGUGGAGUGAGUGUUCACGCAGCUGCGGUGGUGGUGUGCGCUUUCAGCAGCGGAAAUGCAUCAACCGCAACUCCUCAACUGGUAAGCGUUAUAUUAGCAAUGCUUGUAUUGGUGUUUACAAGCGUUAUCACAUCUGCAACGAGCAGCCUUGCCCAGCUGCCAUUGCCGAUUUCCGUGCCGUGCAAUGUGGUGCAUUCAAUGAAGUCGAUUUUCAGGGACAUAAAUACACGUGGGAACCAUAUAUUAAAGAGGAUGCCGAGUGUGAAUUGAACUGCAAGCCUCUUGGUAUGAAGUAUUUUGCUACACUAAAUUCAUCAGUAGUGGAUGGAACACCAUGUUUUCGGCCCGCUGAAUACUUUCGUUCAAAUUAUAGGCAACGUGCUAUGUGUGUGGAUGGUGUUUGUAAGGCCGUACAUGCUACUGGCAUCAUCACGGGACUCUCCGCCAAUAGCGGUUCAGUCAGCUGUGGUGGUUUGAUCUGCCGACCAAUAACGGGUAUAUUCACACGCGAUCCACUACCAGAAGACGCUUACGUACAUGUGGCUGCAAUACCAGCAGGAGCUUCGAAUAUUUCUAUUACCGAAUUGGGGAACAGCAUAAAUUUAUUGGUGCUGCGUACAUCGGAUCAAAAAUAUAUAUUCAAUGGCGAUAAUAUGGCUUCUGAUAGUGGUGCUUAUGAAGCUUUGGGAGCGAUUUUCGAUUAUCAUCGGAUCGAUGGCCUACAGCAUGGAGACGGUGUGACAGAGUGGAUUACUUGCUUGGGACCUAUAAGAGACAUGUUGGAGUUGAUGAUAUACAGCAAGUCCACAAAUCCUGGUAUUAAGUAUGAGUAUCUGUUACCCAUCACAUCAGAUUCUGAGGAAAAUGAAUUGUCAGUCGAAAGCGAUGGUUUCUUGAAGAAUGUGCCAGAGGAAAGUUUUGCUAGCGGCUUACGUUCGGGUCGUCGACGUCGUUUCAAUUGGAAGGUAGUGGGUUUUAGCGCUUGCUCUAAGACCUGUGGUGGUGGCAUACAAACACCUAUAGUUCGUUGUGUACGAGAGAACCCCAUUCGCUACUAUUCACAACGUCGCUGUUUGCAUUCCGAGAAACCGAUGCUCAAUGAAAACCUGCUACGUUGCAAUACACAGCCCUGUCCUGCCUAUUGGCGUCUUGAUGACUGGAGUGAAUGUCAUUGUCAACAGGGCGAGGGUUAUAGAGAACGCGAUAUAGGUUGUGUACAAGAACUAGCUUCUGGCAUAGUGAUACACGUCGACAACUUGGCUUGCAUCGAUGAAAUGCCGAGUCCACGCAAGCCCUGUGACUGCCCAAAGAAUAGACGUCGCUCACAUGCGGCACGUUACCGCACAGCACACGCAGGUUCAAAUGGUACACAUAAUCAUCGGGGACGCGAUAAGAACGAUAAAUCUGGUAUUUGGUUAAUGUCCGAUUGGAAUCAAUACUGUUCGGUUGAGUGCGGCACAGGCGUGGAAUAUCGUACAAUCUUUUGUGAUCGCUCAAAGCCGAACUCCGAUCGCUGUGACUCACGUGCAACACCAGAACUUACACGUCCUUGUGAACGUGAGCGAGAUUGUGAAAAGGGCGAUUGGUUUGCGGGACCGUGGUCCUCAUGCAAUGGUAACUGUUUCAAUCUGACACGUAGUCGGCCCGUUUAUUGUAUACACAAGCAAGAAAUUGUAAAGGAUGAGAUUUGUAAAGCAGAGUUAAAGCCGCAGUUAGUAGAGAACUGUCUGCACGAAGAAGUGGAGUACUGUGGACCACGUUGGCAUUAUUCCGAGUGGUCAGAAUGCACGAAAUCUUGUGAUGGUGGUACACAGCGUCGUUCAGUAAAAUGUUUGGAAUACGACGCUCAUGAGGCCACAAUGCGUGAAUCGGCCAAAUGUCGGUAUUCUUUGCGGGAGCCUAUCUAUCGCAGUUGCAACACGCAAAAAUGUGAUGCAUUUAUUUUCCGUUCAGAACCCCAAUUAGAGCUUCUACAAAAUGACGUCGCUGUUUCUUGUGUAGACGAGUUCAACAACUGUCAGUGGGCCGUUAAAGCGAAACUAUGCAGCUACGAUUAUUACAAACAAAAUUGCUGUUACUCCUGUGGCGCUGCCUAGAAGAAUGGCCAGCAGUGUGUCAUGUCGGGGAGAGUUAGCAAUGGCAAUAUGCUGCGAAAUUAUAAAUAUUAGCUUAAUUUUAUAUCAUUACAUAUUUUUUUUUUAGUUUUUAUUUAUUAUUACUACUUUUUUAUUUUUUAAUUAUGUUUGAAUUACUAUUGCAAAAAAAAAAAAUACUUUUAGUAAUGUAUUUUGUAUGCCUGGCGACAAAUUCGAUUAUUUUUAAGUUACGAAAAUGAGACAAUUCUAACCGAAGCGAUUUAUUUAUGCAUUCUUUGUAAACUUUUGAAUAUUUAAAAUAUGUUUAAAAAAAAGAAAUUUUAUUUGAAGAAAUUUCGGCUUACACUUAAGUAUUUUUCUAAGUAUUUAUAAAAAAUAAAAGUCAGAGGUAAACACAUAUAUGCAUACAUAUGUAUUUAGUAAGAUUUUGUCUAAUUUUUUUAAAAGCUUGUAUGAAAACGUACGAAAAAUUCUUUAAAAUCAAUAUCUACUAUAUGAAUUUGAAUAGACUUUUUUUUAAAUUAAUGUACUUCAUUUCAUAUCACAUUCCACAUACAUAUAUAGGUAUGUAUACAUAUAAAUAAACACCUUUCGAUAACCGUCGUAACGAAAUAGCCAGUCUUGCAUUGAGGCCCUAAAAGUAAUAAUUAUUAGAAAAUACUUUAUUUGAAGUGCUACUUACUGCAUCUCGCUUUUAUGUAAAAUCUAUCAAAUAAUUAUUAUAAAUUUUCCUUUUAUAAGAUUAAAGAUAUUAUGAGAAUUUUGAAGCAUGCACAAUUAUAUGGCGAAAAUUGUAAUUAACUUGUUUUAAUACUUAAUUAUUAUUUUAUUCUUCAUCGUAAACGAAAUUGUAUUCAUCCUUGAAUAUUUCAACUUUUCCGUCUUGAAUAAUAUGUUUUUUAAUGAGAGUGUGGUUUAUUUUCGUAGGUCAAUAACAUUACUAAUGUGUUCUAAUAGUUAAUAGUUUAUAUUAAUAGUUUCUGCAAUAUUUUAUAAAUUAUAUAUAAAUAUAUAUUUUUUUUUAAUUACGAAUAUAACCAAACUAAGCUCGGUAAUGUAAGCAACGGAUUAACAUAAAACUGACAAAAAUACAAAAUUACUUAUGUAAAAAUAAAGUGCAAAAAAUAAAAUAAUUACUA